ACAGCUCCACUUGAAAUCCCUCUGUCAUGAAUAUGUACAGAGAAGACCUUUCUGUGUUGCCUGCUGAGCCUGGUUCAGUCGGAUAUCUGGAUCCUUGCCGUCUUUGGCAGAUAUCUAUUUCCUGGUUCGCCCUGCUGGGAGUGGCCGCUGCCCUCCCGACAGGAAUGCAGUGUGACUUUCUUGAUUUCCUUGUUUCCCGAGAAAGGUCCUGCGCCGAAUCGCGCUAUGAAAUAAAGACGACUCUCAUUUUGAGGCAAUGAGGACAGCUUACUCCUGGAGGUUAGUCAAGUUACUCGCCGUUUCAGCUGUGUUCGUCCUGUCUGCUCAAAUCUUGACGAGUACACGGAGUAAACAUCAACCAAAGCCAAGCCCCAUUACCGUGGCGGAGUACAGGGUCCUAUCUCCGGAAACAUACCAGUAUAUUAUCAACCAUCCCGCUGUAUGCAGAGACAGAAGCCCCUUCCUGGUUUUUAUGGUCCCAGUUACCCCUCAGGAGGUUUCAGCAAGGGAAGCCAUCCGGAAAACAUGGGGUGCCCCAGGUCAGGACACCCUGACUCUGUUCUAUAUGGGGCUCCCUGAGGGGGGGCAGUUGUCAAGCAUCCAGGACAGGCUGGAGGAUGAGAGCAGGAAACAUGCGGACAUCAUCCAGAUGAACUUCCAGGACAGUUACCAGAAUCUGACGAUCAAGACCAUGAUGAUGAUGAACUGGCUAGCGACCCACUGCCCAAAUGCCUCUUACGUCAUGAAAGUGGAUGCUGACAUCUUUGUGAAUGUAUUUUACCUCAUCAGAUGGCUGAGGAGCUCUCCACAACAGGGCUUCAUCACAGGAUCAGUGAUAAACGAUGGCAGGCCGAGGAGGGACAGAAACAGUAAAUGGCACAUAUCAGAGGAGCAGUACCCUGAAGACAGCUUCCCACCAUACGUGUCUGGAGCUGGGUAUGUUUUCUCCGCAGACCUGGCUGGAAGGAUCUCCUGGGCAUCCAGGUUUGUGCGGAUGAUCCCUCUUGAGGACGUCUAUGUGGGGUUAUGUCUGCGUGUGCUGGGUGUUCGGCCGGUGUAUUCGUUCAGCCUGCUGACCCUCAGGAAUCUGUUUGAAAUACGAAACUUAGAGUACAACAGGUGCACCUUUGCCAAACUCAUGAUUGUUAAUGGGUUUAACUCAUCAAAGCUGCUGCAUGCUUGGCAGGAUUUCUCCAAAGGCCACACCAGCUGCUGACAGAGUUUACCAAGUGCUCUUCAGUUAAGACUAACAUGAGAAAUCGAAGCAAGGUUAAAAUGAAUGAAAUAAGCAGCCUGCUGUAAAGGAAAAAGCCAUUACACACACAGCCAUAGGGUGGGAAUGUUUAUGUUAAAGGGUGAGCCAAAAAGUGCUGCUUGCACUUUCUCGAUGAAUAGCUGCUUGACUUUCUUUUUAUGAUGUCAUAAAUUGAAUAUCUUUGUGUUUUGGACUGUCGGUCAGAUAACCAUGUGCCUAUUAUUUUUGAUUUAUUUCAUAAAAAUGCCCAUCCUAAAAAGUCAAGGUGGUGUUUUCAAAUAUCUUAUUUUUCAUCUGACCAACAGUUCAAACCCUCAAAUUUUCAGUUUACCGUCCUGUAAUGAAAGCAAAAAAUCCUCACUAGUGAGAAGCUGGAACCAGAGAUUUCUGUUUAUCAACUAAUCAACUAACUUUCUCAGCUCUAAUUGCAUGUCAGGGGAUUUAACAAAUGGGUCACUGUGGAGAAAUGUAAAAGAAUGUAGUUGGUUAAAUCGUUUAAGAAGAAAGUAUGCUGAAAACAUACUAGUUGUAGCCUUGUAAAUGUGAGAAUAUGCUGGGUUUUUUGUAAUCAAAAUGAUCAAAGUAGCCUGUUAUUUUCUCAAUUAAUGAAUUAAUUAAUCAUCAAUCAUUUCUAUAAGAUGGCAGAAUUAAUAAAAAAGAUUUACCAGAGUCCAAGGUGAGGUCUUCAAAGUGCUCACUUUUUUCUGAGCAGUGGUUCUGAAUACUCAGGUUACAAUCACACCAUCAAAGACCAAAAAGCCUGUAACUUUCUGAAGAUUAAUAUUCAUAACUGAAUACUGCUCUCAAAUUCCCAUCAUAGUCCAUGGUAUUAUAUUUUGUGCACCUGUGAAGCACCUUGAAACUCUGGUCAAAUCAUCUUCACUGAGAAGCUGGAACCAGGAGGUGUUCUGCAUGUUUCAGCCUGACAGCAGAGGAAGCCUUUGUUUAUUGUAGGCAGUCAAUGUGCUUCAACUUUUUUCUUCAAAAUGCUGGAAAAGUCAUAUUUUAAGUGCUUUAAUGUGGGUCAGUACUUAGCAAACGUGUGAAGAUGGCAUAAUGUAUCCUCAGAAUUUGUAAUUUGCACCAAAGACUGUUUAAAAGUAGACCAGUUUUACUGCCCUUGUACUUUAUCUUCAGUUUGUGCCUGAUGGGUUGGUGGUUCACGUGUACAGUAAAUUACACAGAGCCACUUUACCCACCAAAAAUCCUCUUACUACACUACACUGCACUGCUGCUGAGAGCUUCACAUAAUUUAAACCUAAUGAAAUAACCUGCAGUUUACAGAGUGUGUCUUAUGAUAGAAGACAUAUUUAUAUUUGUAUUGAACUCAGUAGGUGAUUUGUUAUUUAAUAACAUGUUGGCCCCAGAAGAAAUUGUAGCAGGAUGCCUUAACUGUAACUGUGACAUUUCUAUCCAUACAGUUCCAGUUUAUUAAGUUAUCUUCCUUCUCUCCCAACUACCAUUGUUUUUUGGUAACUAUGCAUUACAGUAAUGAGUAAAUAUACCUUAAAAUUUUA